AUGACUCAAUGUUACCUUUCUUUUCAGGGAGACCAUGUUUGGCUUGAGCCCAAAAUACGAGAUGAGUUCAGUGUGGCCAUUGGAGCCAGGGUGAAGUUUACAGAAUCUGGGAAAGUCCUUGUUGUUGAUGAUGAUGGGAAGGAACACUGGAUAGAUGGGAAAAGACAAAUUCGACAUAUGCACAUGUCCUCAAUUUCGGGCGUUGAGGAUAUGAUUGGAUUGGGCGAUUUAAAUGAAGCAGGCAUUUUGAGAAAUCUGUUUAUUCGCUAUAUGGACAAUAUCAUUUAUACAUACACUGGGUCAAUUCUAGUGGCAGUCAAUCCUUACCAGAUUCUUCCCAUCUACACAGCUGAACAGAUCCAAACUUACAGAGAUAAAAAGAUUGGGGAAUUGAGUCCCCACAUCUUUGCCAUUGCUGACAACUCUUACUUCAACAUGAAAAGAUAUCAACAGGAUCAGUGUGUGAUCAUCAGUGGAGAAUCUGGGGCAGGCAAAACAGAAAGCACAAAAUUAAUUCUUCAGUUUUUGGCAGCAGUUAGUGGGCAACACUCCUGGAUUGAACAACAAAUCUUAGAAGCCAACCCAAUUAUGGAAGCUUUUGGAAACGCAAAAACUAUACGAAAUGAUAAUUCUAGUCGCUUUGGGAAAUAUAUUGAUAUACAUUUUAAUGAAAGUGGCUCAAUUGAAGGGGCUCGAAUUGACCAGUAUUUGUUAGAGAAGUCCAGAAUUGUGAAUCAGGCUCAUGAUGAAAGAAAUUAUCACAUUUUUUACUGCAUGUUGGCUGGAAUGAGUGCAAGUGACAAAGCACAACUGGAGCUGACUGAUAUUAAGCAUUAUCAUUAUUUGACACAGGGUGGUUCAGUGAAAUGUGAAGGUCGGGAUGAUGCCAAAGAAUUUGCCAAUAUUCGUUCAGCUAUGAAAGUCCUAAUGUUCCAUGAGAGUGAAGUGAUGGAAAUCAUGAAAAUCCUAUCAGCUCUUUUACACCUGGGCAACAUUACAUACAAUGCCAUUCAAGUGGACAAUAUUGAUGCUAGUGAAAUCUUAGACAUUGCUUACGUUCGAAAAGCAGCACAACUUCUGGGGGUUCAACCACAGAAUCUAAUUGAUGCUUUGACAACUCGUACCAUUUUUACACGAGGGGACAGUGUUACUUCUACAAUGGGUAUUGCUGCUUCUGUUGAUGUCAGGGAUGCUUUUGUCAAAGGCAUCUAUGGACGUAUGUUUGUCUGGAUUGUUGACAAAAUAAACAAAGCUAUUUAUACACCCAAAAUCUCCCCAGAUCAUUAUAGAACAAGCAUUGGAGUUUUGGAUAUUUUUGGUUUUGAAAAUUUCGAUCAUAACAGCUUUGAACAGCUGUGCAUCAACUAUGCAAAUGAAAAUCUUCAGCAAUUCUUUGUGCGGCACAUUUUCAAAUUGGAACAGGCAAAGUACAAUAGUGAAGGCAUUAACUGGCAGCACAUUGAAUUUGUUGACAACCAAGAUGCUCUUGAUUUGAUUGCAGUCAAACCCAUGAAUCUCAUUUCACUCAUUGAUGAAGAAAGUAAAUUUCCCAAGGGCACAGACCAAACAUUGCUGAGUAAACUGCACCAACAACAUGGAAGUAACUCUAACUAUCUCCGAGCCAAGUCAGAGAUCAGCAUGGUGUUUGGCCUCAACCACUUUGCAGGAGUCGUAUUUUAUGAUGCCAGGGGUUUCUUGGAAAAGAAUCGAGACACUUUCAGUGUUGAUUUGAUCCAUUUAGUGCAGUCAUCCAACAACAAAUAUUUGACAAACCUCUUCACCGCUGAUGUUGGCAUGGGAUCAGAAACAAGGAAAAGAACUCCCACUUUGGGAGCUCAGUUUAAGAAAUCUUUAGAUUCUCUGAUGAGAACUCUUGGAAAUUGUCAACCAUUCUUUGUGCGUUGCAUUAAACCAAAUGAUUUCAAAAAGCCACUGAUGUUUGACCGAAACUUGUGUUGCCGCCAAUUGAGAUAUUCUGGUAUGAUGGAAACUAUUCGUAUCCGACGAGCUGGAUAUCCAAUUCGACACAACUUUGAAGAUUUUGUGGAUAGAUACCGCCUCCUUGCUGUGGGCAUUUUGCCUUCUCAAAAGGAAAACUGUAGAGUAGCCUCAACUAAAAUCUUACAGACUGUUCUCAAAGAUGCUGACUAUCAACUUGGAAAAACAAAAGUCUUUUUAAAAGAUGCACAAGACGUUUUCUUGGAACAGCAACGCGAACUUGUGAUGACCAAGAAGAUUCUAAUAAUUCAGAAAACUGUCCGAAGUUGGCAUGUGAGACGCAAAUUUGUAAUGAUGAGGCAUGGUGUCAUUGCAAUCCAGCGGGCUUGGAGAGCACAUGAAACCAAGAGGCGCUUCAUGAAGAUGCGGUAUGGCUAUAUGAGACUGCAAGCCCUUUCUCGCUCAAGAAUUCUUGCCUACCAUUAUUCUUCGUUACGCUCACGUAUUAUAAGUUUCCAGCGCUACGCCCGAGGGCAUUUGGUGCGGCAGGCCAUGCUUAAACGCAAGGAAGCUAUCAUCAAAAUACAGUCAGGCGUUCGCGCAAUGAUUGCCAGAAAACGCUUUAGAAGACUCAGAAUUGAGCAUCAAAAGAAAAUGGAAGCAGAACAGUUGCGAUUGGAAGAAGAAGAAAAAUUGCGCAAAAAGAUGAAUGACAAGAAAGCCAGACAGGAAGCUGAAAAACAUCAUCAGCAAAGACUGGCUUCCAUACAACAAGCACGUGAAGAUGAAGAGAGAAAAGACAGAGAAGAAGCUGGAAAGAAAUGGAAAGAAAUUGAAAAAGCAGAGAAGAAACGGAAUGAUGAAAUUAAUUAUGAAAAAAUGGUGGGAGACAUGUUUGACCAAAUAUACACACCAGAAUCACAAUACAGUGAUCUGCCUCCAUCACAGUUUAAGGACAUUGACUCUGGAAAAGAUGCUGCUAUUGCCGAGGUGGAUGGUGAAUUUAAAAUGACUAAUAUACCUGAUGACAAAGAGCUGCUCAUGGAAUACAAAUUCUCCAAGUUUGCAUCAAUGUACUUUCAAAAUAAUACAACCCACACUUAUAUACGAAGAACUCUCAAUGAACCCCUGCUGCCCUUACAGAAUCCUGGGGAUCAAAUGGCCGCCCUUGCUGUGUGGAUUACCAUAUUGAGAUUCAUGGGUGACCUUCCCGAACCAAAGUACCACACCUCUCUGGCAGAUGCUCGGCAAGAUACAACCCCAGUAAUGACCAAAAUUUACUCAACUUUGGGUCGAAAAUUCAACAAAAAGGAUUUGGAUGAAGCCAGACAAAUGGGUGCUGAAUUGGAAAAAGAACCAAUGAUUCCAAUAAAACAAGGGAAGAAGAGUAUGAGAAGAAAAUUGGUCUCAUUGACCCUAAAAAGAAAGUCAAAACUUACUGAAGAAGUUACUCGUAAGAUGGAAAUCAACAAAAAGUCUGCAGAUUUUGAAAGUGGAGGUGCUGGGAAUGCCCUUUUAGAUGACCGACCAACAUCAAAUUUGGAGAAACUUCAUUUCAUUAUUGGAAAUGGAAUCCUCAGACCUGAGCUAAGAGAUGAAAUCUAUUGCCAGAUCUGUAAGCAGUUAACACAGAAUCCCUCAAAGAGUAGCCAUGCACGUGGGUGGAUUCUGCUUUCUUUGUGUGUCGGAUGCUUUGCACCUUCAGAAAAUUUCAUUUACUACCUUCGAUCAUUUAUUACUGAAGGUCCAACUGGCUAUGCUCCAUAUUGUGGAGAACGCCUCUGGAGAACAUUUGUCAAUGGCACCCGGAAUCAACCUCCUAGCUGGUUGGAGUUACAAUCUACAAAAUCCAAGAAACCCCUAUUAUUGCCAAUCACGUUUAUGGAUGGAACCACAAAAACCCUUCUUGCCGACUCUGCCACAACUGCCAAAGAAUUAUGCCAACAACUCUCGGAAAAAGUUCGUCUCAGUGACCAAUUUGGAUUCUCUCUUUACAUUGCCCUUUAUGACAAGGUGUCUUCUUUGGGUAGUGGCGGUGAUCACGUGAUGGAUGCUAUUUCGCAGUGUGAGCAAUAUGCCAAAGAACAGGGGGCACAGGAAAGAAAUGCUCCCUGGCGAUUAUUUUUUAGAAAAGAAAUUUUUGCUCCUUGGCAUGACCCAACUGAAGAUGCAAUUGCUACACAUUUGAUUUACCAACAAGUUGUCCGAGGAAUUCAGUUUGGAGAAUAUAGGUGUGAUAAGGAUGAUGACUUGGCAAUGAUUGCUGCUCAGCAAUAUUUUAUAGGUUAUAGCACCAAUAUAAACAAUGAACGCCUAAAUAGUUUGCUACAGACAUACAUUCCAGAGAACAGACUCAACGCCAAAGCCUACAAGUUUGCAGGGCCGAGUUUGCCCAAGAAUGAUGUGAUCAUUGCAGUUAAUUGGACUGGUGUCUAUGUUGUAGAUGAUCAAGAACAAGUAUUGCUAGAAUUGUCUUUUCCUGAAAUUACUGCUGUAUCUAGUAGUCGAACCCGUAAACUCCAUGGGCAGAGUUUUACAUUGGCUACUAUUAAAGGUGAAGAAUACACAUUUACUUCACCGAAUUCUGAGGACAUAAAGGAUUUGAUUGUUACAUUUUUAGAAGGUUUGAAAAAACGUUCUCGAUUUGUUAUUGCAAUCCAUGACUACAAUCCACCUCCAGGUGACAGUACAUCUUUCUUGACAUUCCAGAAAGGUGAUCUCAUUACUCUUGAGCAACAGACUGGAGAGCAAGUUCUCAAUUCUGGCUGGUCUUAUGGCCAGUGUCUACGCACAAGACGCAGCGGUGACUUCCCGGCAGAAUGUGUUUAUGUUCUUCCCACAAUCACUAAGCCACCAGAGGAAAUUGUCGGCUUGUUUGCCCGUGGAGCUGAGUACACUGCAAGAGAUGUAACACCAACCAUGGAGAAUCCUAACAUAACAGAACAUAACGAGAAACCCCAUACUCUGGAGAGUUUCUCAUAUGAUCAUUUCAGACCCCCACCAAAGAGGACAAUGACAAAAACUCUUUCCACGGCAAAAAGGCGACGUCAGGAUGAUUUGUGGCGCUAUUCAAAGGAACCCAUCAAGCAACCACUACUUAAGAAGCUUAAUGAUGAAAUUUUCAAGCCAGCAUUAAAAACCGAAAUCCUCCGUGAUGAAGUCUAUUGUCAGAUUAUUAAACAACUAACUGAUAACAAAAACAAGUUGAGUGAAGAAAGGGGUUGGGAGCUGAUGUGGCUGGCAACUGGCUGUUUUGCCCCCAGUAAUGUACUGCUGAAAGAACUUACCCAGUUCUUAAGGUCCAGACUUAAUCCUCUAGCCAAUGACUGUCUGCAGCGGCUCCAGAAAACCCUCAGAAAUGGAACUCGCAAAUAUCCCCCCCACCAUGUUGAAGUAGAAGCAAUAAGACAUAAAACAACUCAGAUUUUGCACAAAGUUUAUUUCCCAGAUGAUACUGAUCAGGCUUUCGAAGUUGAUUCUAGCACAAGAGCCAAAGAUUUCUGCCAAAACAUUGCCCAAAAAUUACGCCUUAAAUCUUCAGAAGGCUUCAGCUUAUUUGUUAAAAUUGCUGAUAAAGUUAUCAGUGUUCCAGAAGGAGAUUUCUUCUUUGAUUUUGUCAGAUAUUUGACUGAUUGGAUAAGAAAAGCAAGACCAUCAAGGGAAGGCUCUGUAUCUCCAUUCACAUAUCAGGUCUUCUUCAUGAAGAAACUGUGGACUAAUACUGUUCCAGGAACAGAUAUCAAUGCUGAUACUAUUUUCCAUUACUUCCAGGAAUUGCCAAAAUAUCUACGAGGUUACCACAAGUGCAGUAAGGAAGAUGCUGCCAUUUUAGGUGGUCUUAUCUAUCGUGUGAAAUAUGGAGAUGAUAAAUCACAGCUUCAGAACAUUCCGAGAGUCUUAAAGGAAUAUGUUUCUGCUGACCUCAUAAAGACACAAUCUGCCGAAGACUGGAAGAGACAAAUUAUUACACAGUACAAUGAGGUUGUAGGGAAGACAGAUCAAGAAGCCAAGAUUGAAUUCCUGAAAAGGAUUGCAACAUGGCCCACAUUUGGAUCAGCUUUCUUUGAAGUGAAACAAACAACUGAAACUCAUUAUCCAGAAAUUCUACUUAUUGCCAUCAAUAAGAAUGGUGUGAAUUUAAUUCAUCCACAAACAAAGGAUGUGCUGGCCACCCAUCCUUUCACAAAGAUAUCCAACUGGAGCAGUGGCAACAGUUACUUCCACAUGACAAUUGGCAACCUGAUCAGAGGAAGCAAACUCCUCUGUGAAACACAACUGGGUUACAAGAUGGAUGACCUUCUGACCUCUUACAUCAGUUUGAUGCUGACUACAAUGAACCUAAUAAAUAUGUCACUAGGGAACGUAAACAUUGAAGAUGUUCCCGACGAUGUCGAUAUUUUCGAUGAAAUUGUUAUGAUUGAGAACAGUUCUGUGGAGAAAGGAUUUAAUGAAGGACACCAACAUGGAUGUGAAACUGGUCAACGUGAUGGAUACAAGAUGGGCUAUGCUAUGGGAAGUCAUAUUGGAGUUGAAAUUGGAUUCUUUAAUGGUUUUGUUUCAACCUGGUUGAUUUUAUUGAAAGACAAUCCUGAAGUUAAGCCUCGAAUUGGUUCCUUAUUAGAGUCUUUGUUAAAUCUCUUGAAGAAUUUCCCUGUUGAAAAUUCAAAGCAUGAUAAUUUGAUCACAGAUUUGCGCAAAAUCCAAGCAAAAUUUAAAAAGGUAAUUUCUUUAAUGACGAUUGGAGUUAAAACUGGAACUUCAGAAGUUAAAGAAGAUUUAUCAUUUUGA